CUGAAGUGUGUGGCUCUGGCUGGUCAGGGUGAAUCUGACACGUGACAGUGGGCCCUCGUGUGUGCUGCGGUGAGCGGCAGAGCAGAGCAGACAGAGCAGACUGCCUCCCGCUGGGAUCCCCGGGCUGUGCACACCAGACCAUAGACCAGACUCACACUGUCAGUCUGUCUGCUGUACAUGGCUCACGGAACGGACUAACUCACACAAAGCGCCUCUAAACACACACUUCCCCGGCGACUGUCAGCGGGCACAGUUGAAGACAUCAUGGAGCAGGAGUUUGAAGAGAUCGACUCCUCCGGGGGAUGGCAUAACCUUUACAAUGAGAUCCGUAACCAAGCCAGCGAAUAUCCUUAUAAAGUUGCAAAAUUUCCAGUGAAUCGUAAUUUGAACCGCUACAGAGAUGUGAGCCCAUAUGACCACAGUCGAGUUAAACUUGAAAACUCUGAAAAUGAUUACAUCAAUGCAAGUUUGAUCAUGAUGGAGGAAGCCCAAAGAGCUUACAUUCUUUCUCAGGGUCCUUUGAGGAACACAUGUGGUCAUUUUUGGCUCAUGAUAUGGGAGCAGUGUACCAAGGCUGUCAUAAUGCUCAACAGAAUAAUUGAAAAGGGAACAGAAAAGUGUGCACAGUAUUGGCCAACCCCAAAAGACCGAGAGAUGCCUUUCUCUGACACGGGGUUUGUUGUCCACUUGAUCUCCGAGGAGGUCCAAACCUGUUAUACAAUCCGAGUGUUGGAGCUGCAGAACACAAAGACAGGAGAAUCCAGGGAGAUCUACCACUUUCACUAUACUUCAUGGCCUGACUUCGGUGUGCCAGAGUCUCCGGGUUCCUUCCUGGACUUCCUCUUCCGGGUCAGACAAUCCGGGUCUCUGGGGCCUCAGCAUGGGCCCUCUGUCGUGCACUGCAGCGCUGGGAUUGGACGUUCGGGAACCUUCGCCUUGGUGGAUACUUGUCUCGUCCUGAUGGAUAAGAGACAGGAUCCCUCAUCAGUGGACAUUCAAAAGGUGCUGCUGGAUAUGAGAGAAUACCGCAUGGGCCUAAUCCAGACUGCAGACCAGCUCCGGUUUUCCUACAUGGCUGUCAUUGAGGGAGCAAAAAUUAUUCUGCCAAACAGCUUCACACUGAAACAAAAGCUGAUUUCCACCAAUGACUUGGAACCAGAUUUGCCUCCUCCGCCUCCUCCACCCAGACCUCACCACACAUUUAAAGACAGCAAGUCCAACGGCCAGCCUGGGACCUGUGUAGAGCCACAGACAAACCAGGGAGGUAGUGUCAUUGAAGGAGAGCCAGCAAGUCAAGACAACAGCAUAAGAGACAACUCUGGGCAUCUACGAAAGCGUCAGCGAGAGGAGCGGAUUGCAGGCACUGCACAGAAAAUCCAGCAGAUGAAACAGAGACUGACAGAUUCGGAGAAGAAUAAGGAGAGCUGGGCUUACUGGAGGCCCAUCCUGUUGAAUGUUGGGGCGGGUGCAGCUGUGGCCUUUGGUCUGCUGGUUUGCUGGAUCUACUCCCAGUGAGACGCCUCUGUUACAUAAAAGUGACUCUAACUUUGCACCUGUACCUUAUAUUUUGGUACAUCUCUUCAUAGAUUUAGAUGGUAAUAUGUGCGAGGGUAUUUAUUUCUUGAGGUCAAAAUGCGGAAGCGCUAGAUCAACUGAGUGUGUAUAUUUUUAAUGUAAGAUCUUAAAGAAUAGUCAAAUCUCAGGAUCUUGGUGCCAGCACGACGAUUUUGCUUUCUCCUCUUUUAUGGUCACUGUCAAUUUAACGUACUGUAUGAUAGAAAAGGCUUAAAGGCUAAGGUGCAGUACAGGUAUUUUUGCAUUUACCAGAUGUGUGUCAGUCAUCUGUGGACAUGUUUUACAUUUCAGAAUUACACUUUGUUGACUGUCACAAAAUUCAGUUACGGCAUUUAUUUAGCUUUUUGGAAUGAUUUUUUUUUUUUUUUAGAGCACCACUUCGUUCUUCCAUUCAAUGUUCAACAUGGUGUCCCUUUAUGGCCAGAGAAAUAUAUUUUUGUGUGACUGGAUACUUCAUAGGGUACAGUCUCAGUUCAUAUUUCAAUCUGCUGAGAUGAAAACAUUUUAUUUUCUGUCAUUUUGAGCACGUUAUUGUCACAAAGUAUCUCACUGUUUUUGUGUGUGUUUACCCACUGGCUGGGUUUGUUUGUGUGUAUUAAGAGGUGAUCCCACUCUUUGUUCUCAAAACCAAAGCAAGAUGAGUUUUUUUGUUCAUAGAGAAAAUCUCACCUUGAGGAAUGUAUUUGCUGUUGAAUCUUUAAUACGACUUACACAUGUAUCGCAGUGUGAAACUAGUCGUUAUUUUAUUUACCCAUUUUUGACACUUCACCCAGUUGGCUUUCAUUCAACGGGGACCAAGAAAGAACAGCAAAACUAAGAAGUGUGCAUCAUUUUCUUGUUUGGAGAAGAUUUUAAUGUGCCUUUAAAUUACAUGAAUGAAAUGGCCAUACCAUUGAGUUAAAGGCAUAGGCCAAGAUGACACAUUUCUAAUAUUAAAAUGUGACUGCAUUGGUACACCUGGCGAAAUGAAGAUUGUUGAUAUACACCAAAUAUAUCUCUAAUAAGCACUGAGUCUUGAUUAGAGAAAUACAUUAACUACCUUUUUUCAUAUUAGGCUUCAACAAAAAAUAUAUUUUAACCAAGUCAUUCCAGUCAUUUUGGGUUUCCACAUCAAAUUUUGAAGCAGUUUUAUCGACUGCUCAGGUGAAUUGAGAACUUAAUGUGGUAUAACAUGGUGUUUUGAGAAAUUAUAAAUAAAACCUUAAAUCUUUUAUAACCAAA